AUGAAGUUAACGUGCCUUUGCCAGAUAGUGUUGUUCAUUAUCCUCUAUAAUUCAUCAACCUUUGUGACUUCUCAAGAUUCAUGCUCCUCUAAGUUGAUGCAACUUCAGCUUCCUAUCCCUUUUGAUACAAGUUCACUUCUCUGCAGUCCUGUUUGGCCAACUCACAAUUUCAUCCUUAGAUAUGCUAAGGCUUCAUCAGAUGUGUGGAGCUUCAUAUUCUCAUUCCCAUUAGACACAAAAGCUUAUGCAGCAAUAGGGUUCUCCAAAGAUGGAAGCAUGGUGGGUUCUAGUGCAAUUGUGGGGUGGAUGCCAUCACCAGGUGCUGGGGGCAUGAAAUUGUUUUAUCUGGGUGGAAAAUCACAACGUGACGUGAUUGUAGACAAAAGUGACCUUUAUGUUAUGAAUGCAUCAUUUGUUCCACCAACUGAUUCACUAGGUUACUUGAUCUUCCAAUUGAAGACCACCCAACCUUCUAACAAUCUCAUAUUUGCCAUUGGACCCAAUGGCCAGUUCCCUGAUUAUCCACAAUAUGACUUGCCCCAACAUAUUGAUCAGACAUCCAUAACCAUAAAUUAUUCUAAAGGUUCAACUAGUCAAAAUUCUAACCUAAAACUUCGAAGAAGCCAUGGCGUUCUGAACAUGAUGGGAUGGAGCAUUUUAGUGAUUAUAGGAUCCAUAAUUGGUCGCUACUUCAAACAAUGGGAUCCCAUUUGGUUUUAUCUCCAUGCUUCCAUUCAAACAUUUGGCUUCGUGGCCGGCGUAAUUGGAAUUUUAUGUGGAUUGCUCUUAUCCAAGAAACUCAAUUCCAAAGUCACUCAUCACAAAAACAUAGCAAUCAUCAUCAUCGUCCUUGGAUUCCUCCAGGUGUUAGCCAUUAUAAUUCGACCAGGAAGGGAGUCGAAGAUAAGGAAGUAUUGGAAUUGGUACCAUCAUAACGUGGGGAGGAUUUUGAUUAUCUUUGCAAUUCUUAACACCUUUUAUGGACUCCAUUUAGGAGGGGAGGGAUCGAAGUGGUUUCUUGCUUAUGGAGUCAUUAUUGCUGUCUUGGUCAUUGUCGUUGUGUUCUUGGAGAUAAGAAUGAGGAUCAUUGCAAGAAGAGAGGCUCGGUCCAAAGAAACAUCAUCAUAUUCUCCAUCCGUGGAGUUACCAUAUUAA